CGUCUAAAACUAAAACCCUCAACACUACUAAAUUAAACCUCGUGCAGCUGCGGGGCGUGUUCUUUUGUGCCGAACCAUGGAUCCUCCAAGGAAGAAGAAGAAAGGACGAUACGGCGUCGCAGAGCUGAAAACCCUAGGGAACCAGCUUCUCUCUUCCGCCUCGCACAUCAACAACCUCCCUCUCCUCCUCACCUUCGUUUCCCCUUCUUCCCCUCCUCACCACGUCCUCGAAUCCCUCCUCUCGCUCCACUCCUUCUUCCUCCCUCUCCUCCCCAAGCUUCCUUCCUCCUCCGCCCCCUCCUCCGCCGACGACCAAUCCGAGUUCAUCUACCUCGCCUGGCUCCGUUCCAAGUUUGACGAGUUCCUCAAGUCCCUCCUCGACGUCCUCGCCUCGCCGCAGGGAGAUGAGACGCUCAAGGAACUCGUGCUGGACACGCUCAUGGAGUUUGUCAAGGUCGCCAAUGGCGGUGCCUUCCACUCUUCUCUGUACCACAAGCUUCUCCAUAGUAUUGUUUACUCUUCUAGCCCCCCUACGUUUUUGGUGGAUUUACUGGCGACGAAGUAUUUCAAGUAUAUUGAUGUUCGCUAUUUUACGUUUAUAAGUCUAAAAAAGCUCGCUAGUACUUUGGAGGGAAAAGAUGUCUCAGAUGAUAAAAUUGCAAGUGCAGAUGGCACCAGUGAAAGUCAAUUGAGCUCAAAUAUGGAAUGUGUCAUCCACAACAUGUAUUACACUAUAUCACAUGUUCCCCCACAUAAAGGCUCGGAUAAUACAUCUGAUUUGGAAAUGUGGAGCAGCUCAGAAAGUGACCAUAAGCAACUCUCUGGAGAUAAGGGUGCUGAUGAUAAGCCGCAGAAGUCCCAGAAGCCUAACAAAAAUGUAUUGUCAGCAGCCAAAAUUGCGAAGAAGAUGAAGUUAAAAUUUACUAAAGCAUGGAUUGCAUAUCUUAGAUUGCCUCUUCCACAUGAUGUUUACAAAGAGGUUCUUGUUUGUCUUCACCAAGCAGUUAUUCCUCAUCUAUCUAAUCCCAUCAUCUUAUGUGAUUUCUUAACAAGAUCAUAUGAUGUUGGUGGUGUAGUUAGUGUGAUGGCUCUUAGCAGCCUUUUUGUCCUAAUGACCCAGUAUGGAUUGGAAUACCCAAAUUUCUAUGACAAACUAUAUGCCCUCUUAGUUCCAUCUAUCUUCAUGGCAAAACAUCGAGCAAGGUUUUUCCAGCUUCUUGAUUCUUGCCUCAAGUCACCUCUUCUUCCAGCUUACCUGGCUGCUUCCUUUGCAAAGAAAUUGAGUAGGUUGUUGCUUUCAGUUCCUCCUUCAGGUGCAUUAGUUAUUACAGCUCUGAUACACAAUCUUCUGCGUAGACAUCCUUCAAUCAACUGUUUGGUGCACCGGGAAGAUGGUGUUGACGAAGGGAAAGGGGAUGAAGGAAUGGCUACUAACUCGGAUAAUGCAAAGACUGCCAUGCCCAGCCAGAAAUCAGGCAUUGACCAUUUUAACAGUAGUGAAACUGAUCCUAAGAAGUCAGGUGCUAUGAGGAGUUCUCUUUGGGAAAUUGAUACUAUUCUUCACCACUACUGUCCUCCUGCCUCACGGUUUGCUUUGUCUCUUGGGAAUGAUUUGACAGUCAGGGCCAAAACAACUGAAGUUAAUGUUGGUGAUUUUAGUGCUGGUUCAUAUGCAACAAUCCUUGGAGCAGAGAUAUCGCGGAGGGUAAAGCAGGUUCCCCUAGCAUUCUUCAAAGCAACUCCUUCCUCUUUAUUUUCAGAGACUGAUUUUGCUGGUUGGACUUUCAAAUGUGAAGAAACACCCAAAAUGAUCAAUGACAGGGAGAGUACCUAAGAUUUAUCGUAACAUGAAUGCUGUUCUGUGAAAUGACUCAACAGAGUGCUCACCAUUCAUUGUUGUCCAUCUCGGAAAUGUCUGCUUGUUUUGUGAAGAGAUGUCACUUGUUUGAUUUAUUUAUUUUUACUUGAGGAAGCAAAUCAUAAAGGAAGAGGGUUUUGGGUUGGGGUGAGCGCCUGGGAACAUGUUCGAGUUCCCUUGUGGCUCACUAUUGGAACAUAAACUUAAGAUUAAAUUGAAGUGUUAGAUGUAACAUUCAGAAGAUAAAUUUUGCCACAUUCUUUUUACUGCAGUAGAGUAAUUUGUUCCUCAAUCUUUUAA